UGGGGUACUAUAUAAUACUGCACAAGGCUUCUCUGUGCAAUUGACUGUCCCUACCAGAAUUAAAUUUCUCUCUCCUCUCUCUCUCUCCCCAAAAGUCUCUUUAGAGUGAUUUUAUAAUUCGACACAAACGAGCUCUGUCUCUAAUGGCAUGCUUAGAAAUGUACAACUCCAAUGGUGGUGGUGGUACUCCCAUGAGUCCUAGAAUCUCUUUCUCUAAUGAUUUCGUUGAGAUUAGGCCUGAGACGACGAAGACGACGAGGUCAAGCCCUCUAUCCAAACCAGAGGGUUCUAACUCAGCUUCUGAUAAUUUCGAGUUCUCUGUCUCCAACUACACAAUGAUGCCUGCUGAUGAACUUUUCUCCAAAGGAAAGCUUUUGCCUUUCAAAGAAACCAAUCAAGUCCAGCGAACACUGAGAGAAGAGCUUCUCGUUGAAGAAGACGAAGAAGAAGAAAGUCCUCGUGAUGCUGCCGGUAUCUUCUCUCUCAAGCCACCGAUCUUCUCUUCUUCUUCUUCUUCCUCUAAGGGGAGGUGGAAAGGGCUUCUGGGCCUUAAGAGGACACAUGUUGGGUCAAAGAACAACGAAGAACGAUUUGUUCAUAUGAUUAACAACAAACAAUCUCAGGAAGCAUUGGGUGGAAGAGAAGGGUCAAGUUGCAGGGACAUGAAGAAGAGUAUGUAGAGCUAAAAAUAAGCUUUCGAUUUGUUUUUUAUUUUAGCUAGGAACAUGGUUGCUUGCAGAUUUAUUUAUUUUAAUUUUAGAUUUAUGUUAAUCUUAGAUCUGGAAAGUUAUUUUUGAAAGAUGUGUUGUUGAUGGAGAUGGAUUAUUUCAUUAACUCUUUUCCACUACUCAUGUUUCAUCGAUCUUGUGAGUUUUUGCUUUUGUUUCGAAGGGUGAUCAGUAUUAGAUCUGUCUUUGGAAUGGAAGUAGGUUCUUUGGGUGUAAAAAAGAAAAGAAGAAAAAAACACAAAAGAGUGUGAGUAGUUCAGAAAAUUUAAUUUUCAGUUUUUAAAAUUGAAGUAACGCAUAUGUCUUUUGUCUUGGUCUUUAUAUGUCUCUUAUCUGUCGAUUUGCCACUAGUUAUUACCAUUCGAC